AUGAACAAAGGGUGGCUAGAGCUCGAGAGCGACCCAGGACUGUUCACUUUGCUAGUUGAAGAUUUUGGUGUUAAAGGCGUGCAAGUCGAGGAAAUCUAUGACCUCCAAAGCAAGUGUCAAAGCCCAGUUUAUGGCUUCAUAUUCUUGUUUAAGUGGAUUGAGGAGCGUCGAUCCAGGAGGAAAGUUAAUACUUUGGUGGAUGAAACCUCUGUAAUCGAUGAGGAGAUCGUUAAUGAUAUGUUCUUUGCACAUCAGCUGAUACCAAAUUCAUGUGCCACUCAUGCCUUGCUGAGUGUACUUUUGAAUUGCAGUGGUGUCGAGCUUGGCAUCACACUUAGCCGCAUGAAAGCUUUCACAAAAGGCUUUAGCCCAGAGAGUAAAGGUUAUGCUAUAGGAAAUGCGCCUGAGCUGGCCAGAGCACAUAACAGCCAUGCUAGACCGGAGCCUCGGCACCUGCCAGAGAAACAGAAUGGAAUCAGUGCAGUGCGAACCAUGGAGGCCUUUCACUUUGUGAGCUACGUCCCCAUUAAAGAUCGUCUCUUCGAGCUUGAUGGCCUCAAGGCCUAUCCUAUUGACCAUGGGCCAUGGGGAGAGGAGGAGGAAUGGACGGAUAAAGCUCGGCGGGUUAUCAUGGAGAGAAUUGGUCUAGCCACUGCUGGAGAGCCAUAUCAUGACAUCCGCUUCAACUUGAUGGCAGUGGUUCCAGACCGUAGAAUGAAGUACGAGUCCAAACUUGACGUUUUAAAGAAGAAUCGACAGACUAUUCUGGAAGGUCUACAGAAGAUGAUCCGGCUUACCCAGCCUGAGCUUGUCCAUGACAAGAAGCAGCAGGACUCUUCUACGCUUGACAGCAGCACCAAUUUAAUCAAGAAAGAAGCAGAUGCUGAGCCAGUAACAUCCCAAGGGGCUGAUCAAGCUUCUACUGAUUCUGUGGAUGGGUCAGGUGGGAAAUCUAAAGCUGCUCCCAUCCCUUCAGGAAAGACAAAAGCCACAGGAAAAUCUCCCGGAGGAUGCUCACAGCAAGUCAUCAACCCUGUUGUGCAACGCUUGCCUGCCUUCCUGGACAAUCACAACUAUGCCAAGUCACCAAUGCAGGAAGAGGAGGAUCUUGCUGCCGGAGUUGGACGUUCUCGAGUGCCAGGGCCUGCACGGCCGGCAUACUCGGAGGAUGAAGAUGACUAUGAGGACGAGGAGGAGGAAGUCACUGAGUCUGUAGGAGCAUCAACAAGGUUUCGCCGAAAGGCCAGUCUACGAUCAAGAGCUGGAAGAGUCGUAACUGGAAUGGAGAGCCAGAUUGCCCUGAGUGUCUUGGCUGAGAAACUAAAGAAGGAGGCCCAAAAAAAAGAUGCCCUCAACACACCGCUCUCUGUUCGCACUGAGGGCCGGACUGGCGGCAUUUGUAUCACAUCGGCUUCGCAGCCCUCACCAACUCCCAGCAACGAGAGCACUGACACGGCUUCGGAGAUUGGCAGCGCCUUCAACUCGCCGCUCCGCUCACCCGCACGCUCGCAAGCCGCCACACGUCCAUCUAGUCCCGUAGCAUCCCAUCUGUCGCGUGUGCUGUUCGGGGAAGACGAGUUGCUAAGGCUAGACUCUCGACAUAAUCGUGCUGUAAGAGAACUCGGUCCGUCUGUUAGUGUGGCCCUGCUACACUUACUGGAAGAUGGGGUCAUCUAUUCUCUUCCACCAUCUGCAGAUUUGGCUGCAGAUGCUGUUAAGUCGCCAUGCAGUCCUGAGAAGGUAAAAGAACAAGCGGACAAGGAAGUGACGUAUGACAAAGACAAGGAACCAUCUGUGGAGGUAAAGAAAGAGGAGCAGAAGGAGGGGGGCAAUGAUGGACAAGAUGUGAAACCCAGCAAGGAAAAACUCGAUGCUCUCGAGGCUCCUGCAGACAGCAAGCCCCCAGGGGAUAAGUACUCACCCAAAGAGUUGCUUGCACUUCUCAAGUGCGUAGAAGCUGAUAUUGCCAAUUAUGAGGUGUAUCUAAAGGAAGAAGUUGAAAAAAGAAAGAAAUACAAAAUUGACGAUCAGAGGAGAACACAUAAUUAUGAUGAGUUCAUUUGUACCUUUAUAUCAAUGCUGGCUCAAGAAGGGAUGCUCGCCAGCCUUGUGGAGCAGAACAUUUCGGUGCGCCGUCGACAAGGAGUGAGUAUUGGCCGCCUGCACAAACAGAGGAAGCCUGAUCGCAGGAAACGGUCCCGGCCUUAUAAGGCCAAGCGCCAGUAA